UGAUGAGGAUUGAAGUUUUAUCAUACAUUAUUGUUGAAUAUAACAUAAUAUUAUGUACUAAAAGUAUUAAAAAAAUUCUGAUUUUUUCAGAAAUAUGUUAUCAAGGCAUAUACUUAAAAUUAAGAACUGGCCAGUUCAUACCUUAUCAUUCAGAGGAGUCAAAGGAAACAGAACAGAAAUUGUUGACUCAGAAAUUGGAACAUUACAUCUUUCAGUUAAUGAUGAUGAUCAUUCAGCCAGGAUUAAGAAUGGAGUUAAGAGAGGAGAAAUUGAAGAUCUUAAUCCAUAUGUCUCAGAUAUCCCUGAAGAAGGUAAAAGGGAGAGGUCUUUAAACAGCGUCAACUUGAUUGGUAGAGUUGGAAACAUCCCAGUGAUGCGAGGAACACAAGACAAGCCUGUUACAGUGUUCAGUUUGGCGACUAAUACAAUGUGGAAAUCUGUGGACAAUCAGUGGUCAACAAGAACUGACUGGCACAACAUUGCUGUCUUUAAGAAGGGAUUGAGAGAGCAUGCUUACAAUACUGUGGAGAAAGGGCAGAGGCUACAUAUCCAAGGAAAAAUACUUUAUGGAGAGGUGACAGACGCUGCAGGCAUUCGGAGGCAUACAACAACCAUUGCUGUUGAUGACAUAAUUUUCCUAGCAUCACCCAAACUUAAAUAAGUUGCGUAAUGAGUAUACAACAACAAACAGGAAACAACAAACACUUCCAGGAUUUAAUCAUUUAAUCAACAAACAGGGGGACCCAGUAAGCAUGGGUAUUAGUGCUAGUUAUUGGAGAUGUUUUUUUCCCAUGUGGCAUUUUUUCAUGAAUAUCUAUAUUAUUUGAAGAAAAUGUUAAUGUGUGUUGCGUAAUUUCCCUGCAGACCAAGACUAUAUUUACAUAAAAUCAGUCCAAUUUAUUUUCUACUUCCAGGGCACCAUACUACUGUUCAGCCUGUACUAAAUUAUAUGACUCACUGUUAAAAAAUGCUUAUUUAAUUUCAUCGAUAAAUUAAAAAUAAUAGGUUAAAGAAAUCGCUAACACAAUUUUUUUUUUUAAAUAAGUAUUUUUUAAUGAAGAGUUAAGAUUAAGAUGUUAAACUAAUGUAAAAAAUGUCUAAAAUAUGAAUAAUUUAUUCGAAAAUAUACAAAAUGUUGAUUUUGGAAGAAACAUUAAAAGUUUUUGUAAAGCCUGUACCUAGACCAUACAUCUGUGCUGUGAGGAAUUAAAGUUUGUCGUGUUUAUACCUAUCAUACUUACUGAAUACAUUUUUUAUCAGAA